AAGUUACCAAUUUUUUGGGCGGCGAGCAAGGGCAAGAUCCCGCGAUUGGCGACCGGAGGCUACACUAAUCACUAAGUUUGCAGGUCGAUCUCAUCCAUCGGCUGGGAGAUGGACCAGACACAACCAUGAAGACAGAUUUCAAGUUCUCCAACUUGCUGGGAACAGUCUACUGCCGGGGCAACCUCCUGUUCAGCCCAGACGGCACCCAUCUGUUCUCUCCCGUCGGUAACCGAGUUACCGUCUUCAACCUCGUCGACAAUAAGUCGUACACCCUCCCGUUUGCCCACCGGAAGAACAUCGCGAGGAUAGGCCUUACCCCGCAAGGCAACCUGCUCCUCUCGAUCGACGAAGAUGGCCAGGCAAUCUUGACCCACGUCCCGCGUCGUGUGGUCUUGUACCACUUUUCCUUUAGGUCGCAUGUCACGGCGCUGGCUUUCUCGCCAUCCGGUCGCUAUUUUGUGGUUGGGCUGGGGAGGAAGAUCGAGGUCUGGCACGUCCCCUCGACACCCGACACGAACGCCGAAGGCGACCUCGAGUUUGCGCCGUUCGUCCGCCACCACACUCACACACAGCACUUUGACGAUGUCCGGCAUCUCGAAUGGUCGAGCGAUUCUCGGUUCUUCUUGAGCGCGUCGAAGGAUCUGACGGCGAGGAUAUGGAGCUUAAACCCGGAGACAGGGUUCACGCCCACGGUGCUGUCGGGUCAUAGGCAGGGAGUCGUCGGUGCUUGGUUCUCCAAAGACCAGGAGACAAUCUGGACUGUGAGCAAGGAUGGAGCCUUGUUCGAAUGGCAGUACACGACAAAGCCGGGCCGGGACGAGGAUGAGAUGCUAGACGAGUCGGACAUGCAGUGGAGGAUCGUCAACAGGCAUUACUUUAUGCAGAACGCCGCAACCCUCCGGUGCGCUGCCUUUCACGCCGAAUCGAACCUGCUCGUCGCCGGCUUCUCGAACGGUAUCUUCGGGCUCUACGAAUUGCCCGAUUUCAACAUGAUCCACACGCUCAGCAUCUCGCAGAACGAGAUCGACUUUGUGACGAUCAACAAGAGCGGAGAGUGGCUGGCCUUUGGGGCGUCGAAACUGGGCCAGCUGUUGGUGUGGGAGUGGCAGUCCGAGUCGUACAUCCUGAAACAGCAGGGCCACUUCGACUCCUUGAAUGCGCUCGUUUACUCGCCGGACGGCCAGCGCAUCGUGACGACGGCGGACGACGGCAAGAUCAAGGUGUGGGAAAUUGAGUCCGGUUUCUGCAUAGUGACGUUCACCGAGCACACCAGCGGUGUCACGGCUUGCGAGUUUGCCAAGAAGGGCAAUGUCCUUUUCACUGCUAGCUUGGACGGGUCCGUCCGGGCGUGGGACCUCAUCAGGUACAGGAAUUUCAGGACGUUUACCGCUCCCGAGAGGCUCUCUUUCACCUGCAUGGCGGUCGAUCCCAGCGGAGAAGUGGUUGCUGCAGGGUCAAUCGACUCCUUUGACAUUCACAUCUGGUCCGUCCAGACCGGCCAGCUGCUUGACCGGCUAGCCGGCCAUGAAGGGCCCGUGUCGUCUCUCGCGUUUGCCCCGAACGGCGGCCUCUUGGUCAGCGGCAGCUGGGACCGGACAGCCAGGAUCUGGUCCAUCUUCAGCCGAACGCAGACGAGCGAGCCGCUUCAGCUGCAGUCGGACGUUCUAGACAUCGCGUUCCGGCCGGAUUCGCUACAGAUCGCCAUUUCGACGCUUGACGGGCAGUUAUCAUUCUGGUCCGUGUCGGAAGCCCAGCAGGUCUCGGGCGUUGACGGGCGCCGCGACGUUUCAGGAGGGCGCAGAAUCACCGAUCGCAGGGCGGCUGCGAACGUGGCGGGUACCAAGAGCUUCAACACCAUCCGUUACAGCAUGGACGGAUCUUGCCUCCUGGCGGGCGGAAACAGCAAAUAUAUCUGCCUAUACUCUGUCACAACCAUGGUGCUCCUCAAAAAGUUCACCGUGAGCGUCAACCUGUCGCUCUCGGGCACCCAAGAGUUCCUCAACAGCAAGCGGCUCACAGAAGCAGGGCCUGCCGAGCUCCUCGACGAUCAAGGCGAGGCAUCGGACCUGGAGGACCGGAUUGACAGGUCGCUGCCCGGCUCCAAACGGGGUGACCCUUCGGCCAGAAAGAAGAGGCCAGAAGUGAGGGUGACCGGCGUGGCGUUCUCGCCAAGCGGCUCGUCCUUCUGUGCCGCGUCAACAGAAGGUCUCUUGAUCUACAGCCUCGACAGCACCGUGCAGUUCGACCCGUUCGACCUGAACAUGGAGAUCACGCCUGCUUCCACCCUCGCCGUGCUGGAGAAGGAGAGGGAUUACCUCAAGGCGCUGGUCAUGGCCUUCCGCCUGAACGAGGCCGGCCUCAUCCAGCGGGUGUUCCAAGCGAUCCCGUACACGGAGAUUGGUCUGGUCGUCGAGCAGUUCCCUACCGUGUACGUGGCACGGCUGCUGCGCUAUAUCGCCGCCCAGACGGAGCAGUCGCCGCAUGUCGAGUUCUGCCUGCUCUGGAUCAAGGCGCUGGUGGACAAGCACGGCGCGUGGCUGACAGCCAACCGGGGCAAGGUCGACGUGGAACUGCGCGUGGUUGCGAGGGCGGUGGCCAAGAUGAAAGACGAGAUCAGGCGACUGGCCGAUGAGAACGCUUACAUGGUGGAUUACCUCCUUGGACAAGCCAGGGACAGCAAGCCGGCUGGUGGCGAGCCCGGCGGGUUUGAGGACCUCGGGAUGAAGGCAUUGCCUUCGACAACGAAGCAGGUCACGCUAAACGAUGUCAUGCAGGAAGACGUGAGUGAGGAGGAGGAGGAGGAGGAGGAGGAGGAGUGGAUUGGGCUAGACUAGGUAUGAAUAGGACGGCGUUGUGGGAAGACAGGUUGAUACCAAUUGCUAGGUGUUUACAGUCUCUUUUUUUUCCGUUGGUGGCUGUCUGACGCCUUUUUGAAUCAGGCUUGAACAUUGGAUACCCGUCUUGUUCAGCAGCUUUUCCAUAAGCUUAGAUAUUCGGGAUUUCCU